CUCCAAAGCAUUCCGAGUUCUUCCUCUCGUACUCUCGAGUGCUUCUUCGACCGCUAAGUGCGUGUUUGCUUAGGUAAAGCGAAGAUGAGCGUGGAAAUGUUGGACGGGUCGACCAUUCGCGAGUUCGUGGAGGACGAAGGCGCCUUCAACGGGUCGGUGGAGGAACGGUUCGCGAGCCUCGACAUGGACCACGACGGCCGGCUCACGUACGCAGAGAUGGCGAAGGAGCUGAUGAGCCUGCGGGUGCGGGAGACCCAUUUCGGCGUGGACGAAACGGGGCCGAGCCGCGACGAGCUCCUGCAACUCCACCUCGGCCUCUUCGGUCGGUUCGAUCGCGACGGCAAUGGGACGGUGGAGUUGGAGGAGUUCCGGGCUGAGAUGAGGGAGGUGCUGAUGGCGGUGGCGAGCGGGCUGGGGUUCCUGCCGGUGCAGAUGGUGGUGGAGGAAGGCAGCUUCCUCAAGCGGGCGGUGGAGAGGGAGACGGCAAAGCUUGUGGCAUGAAUCAAUCCCCUACCAACCUCCUCAUACUUGAGAGUUUGAAACCAAGUCUUGCAGUGUCGGUGUCCUUUUUUUGUUUCUAUCAUCCGGAAUUAUGUCUUCGGAUGAUCCAAUAAAUCGUUGAUUCAUGCAUGUAACAGUGACAGUCGCUUAAAAGGGAACAAAUACAACUGAGUUCUUGUUGUUUCCGUAAGGAAAUUAGCCUUCA